ACAAGUUAUUGGUGAAAAUAGCUCUCUGGCUGCCUGGCUGUUAUUAUUGUAAAUGUAUAACGCGUGUUGCCGGCCAGCUAACGCAAACAUCUCAUGAUUGCUCUCCGGAAACCAUUUAUCGACUUCUGCGCGAACUGACAGUCGUGACGCGGUAAAAAUAUGGAACACAUCCGAACUCCAAAGGUGGAGCAGGUGAAGCUGCUGGACCGCUUCAGUAACAAGUGGACCACAGGAGACCUGCACCUGACCGCCACCCACCUGAUCUUCGUGGAGAACACGCUGGCGGGAGCUCAGGAGAUCUGGAUCCUGCACCACCACAUCGCCUCGGUGGAGAAGCUGUCCCUCACCGCCGGCGGCUGCCCCCUGGUCAUCCAGUGCCGGAAUUUUCGGGUGGUGCACUUCGUGGUGCCACGGGAGAGGGACUGCCACGACAUCUACAGCUCCCUGCUGAGGCUGCUGCGUCCGGCGUCGUACGACGAGCUGUACGCCUUCUCCUACAACCCCAAGCAGAACGACCAGCAGCGCGAGGAGGGCUGGCAGCUGAUCGACCUGGCGGCCGAAUUCGAGCGCAUGGGCGUGCCCUGCGACCAGUGGCAGUUCACCGACGUCAACCGGGAGUACAAGGUGUGUGAGACGUACCCGCGGGACCUAUACGUGCCCAUCACUGCCAGUAAGCCCAUCAUCGUGGGCAGCUCCAAGUUCCGCAGCAAAGGCCGCUUCCCCGUCCUGACGUACUUCUACCAGGAGAAGAAGGCGGCGGUGUGUCGGUGCAGCCAGCCCCUCUCCGGCUUCAGCGCACGCUGUCUGGAGGACGAGCACAUGCUGCAGGCCAUCAGCAAGGCCAACCACAACAGCCGCUUCGUCUACGUCAUGGACACGCGGCCCAAGCUGAACGCGCUGGCCAAUCGGGCGGCAGGGAAGGGCUACGAGAACGAGGACAACUACUCCAACAUCCGCUUUCAGUUUGUGGGCAUCGAGAACAUCCACGUCAUGAGGGCCAGCCUGCAGAAGCUUCUGGAAGUGGUGGGGACCCGCUCUCUCUCCGUCUCUGAGUACCUCCUGGGUCUGGAGAGCAGUGGCUGGCUCAGACACAUCAAGGCCAUCCUGGACGCUGCCAUCUUCCUCGCCAAGGCCGUGACAGCAGAGGGCGCCAGCGUGCUCGUGCACUGUUCAGACGGGUGGGACCGCACAGCUCAGGUCUGCUCCCUGGGGGCACUGCUGAUGGAUCCUUACUACCGCACCAUCAAGGGCUUCAUGGUGCUGAUUGAGAAGGAUUGGAUCUCUUUCGGACACAAGUUUGCAGACAGGUGUGACCAGCUGGACGGAGACCCUAAGGAGGUGUCCCCGGUGUUCACCCAGUUCCUGGAGUGUGUGUGGCAGCUGACCGAGCAGUUUCCCCAGGCCUUCGAGUUCAGCGAGUGGUUCCUCAUCCAGAUCCACGAGCACGUCCACUCCUGCCAGUUCGGCAACUUCCUGGGCAACAGUCAGCGGCAGAGGGAGGAGCUACAGGUGAAAGAGAAGACGCACUCUUUGUGGGCGUAUCUCCUGAGUGAGCAGCACAACUUCUUGAACCCGCUGUACAGUCAGAGCCUGGCUGAGGCGCAGCCAGUGCUGGAGCCGAGCACCCUGCCCUGCCACUUCAAGUUCUGGAGGAACAUGUACCACCAGUUUGAUCGGACCAUGCACCCCCGCCAGUCCAUCCUCAAACACAUCCUGACCCUGAGAGAGAUGAGCAGAGAGCUGGAGGACUCCGCCCACGACCUGGAGGCUAAGCUGAGGAAGCUGGGGGUGAGCGACCCCUCCCUGGAGGUCCGAGCCCCGCCCGCCUACAGCGCCCCCCCUCUAAGACCCGACUCCCUGAUCCUGGGGGCCCCGCUCAGCUGCAAGGAGGCGCAGCGGGAGGAGGGGGAGCGGGAGGAGGGGAGGGAGGGGGCCCCGGCCUGCAGCGACGGCGAGCGGACAGUAGAGGGCAGCAGCGCCACGGAGAAGGCCUACGGCGAGCUGCAGGGGAGCUUCGGCUCCAAGCCCGAGCCCUCGCUGGUCAGCCUGGAGCUGGGCGUGGCCAGGAUGACCUGCUGAGCAUCGUGGGAAGGUGGAGGAGUCAGCUGGACUGGAGAAACUCCACACGCCGCUGUGCAGCGGAUUGGCGCGCACUCUGGAGGGGGCGGGAGGUGGUGUGUGCGCGUGUGUCAUGUGGGGGCCGCGCCCGUGGGCGUGGCCAUGCUGUAAAGGCACUGAGCACGGGACAGUUUCAGCGGCAUUACCUGCUCUUACAGUAGCUCUGUUCUCUGCGGAAGACCACGGAUAGCACUCUGUACAUGAAUAAGUGAAC